AUGAAUGGAAAUGACGCCGCCGGUGACGCGAGCAGCCCUCCGCCCAAAACAGAGAGGCCUCGCUCCCGCAUCAUGGACCGCAAGAUCCGCCCUAGCGGCUUCUCCGCCUUCAGUCCCGGCAAGCAAGGCCGCCGCAUCCCCUCACGAGACCGAGACCCGCCGCCGCCGCCGCCGCUACCAUCGACCACAGCCGCACCGGCCGCGACGCCGUCGACACCCGAGAACGCCAAGGGCAGAGGGCUGCUAAACGUCCGCGACCUCGUCAGGCGCAUCGAGAAGUCUGGAAAAAGCAGCAGCAGCAGCAAGCCCGACGCUGGCGCUAGUCCGGGAGACGAAGCCGCUGCGGCAGCAAAAGACGACCAAGCCUGCCAGGACCAGGGAGCAGCAUCGGCGACGAUGCCGCCGUCGCCCGCGAGAGGGGACGGCGCUGCUUCUGCGCGCCACCGCCGCUUUCCGCUGCCGCCAACCACGCCGACCGCAACGCCGAUCCUGCCGCCGCAACUGCAGCAGCAGCAGCGAGACGGCCCUCGCCAUGGCGGCUUUCGCCGCUGCUAUGACGACACAACGGCAGCGCCGCCCGUAGGCCAGGCUUCAGCCAUCACUGCAAUAGUUGAGAAGAAGCCGGCGGCAGCAGCAUCGCCACCGCCGUCGCCGAUAAGAGAGCAGGCCAAGCAGCGCCUGCCGCCCGAAUACUCGCUCGCUUUACACCGAGGUCAGUUUAGCAACUCGCGUCUUGGCGACAGUGACGACGGAGCCAAGAAGAAGGCAGCCGCUCCGCAGCAGCAGCAGCGGGACAGCGCGGGCCGGCUGAAGGCCAAGAAGUCCGCUCUUGAUGUGUUCGGCAUUAGCCUCGGCGGCAGCAGCGUCGCCGCCGCCAACGCCGCCCCUGUCAAGGCCACGCCCGCCAGCGGCGGCGACGCCGGCAUGCCCAAGGAGUACCUGGAGACGAUGGCCUACGGCAAGGGCAGCUCCGAAGACGCCCGGCGGCACCAUUCGCAACACGAGCCUGCAGCCAGGGAGAAAUACACCGAUAUCAGUUCCAAGGGGAGAGGAAGCAGUGAAGUGACAGCGGAUUCCACAAAGGCAAAGCGCAGCGUCUCGGGCCCCCCCAGCGAACCCCGCCUGGCGAAGCCGAAGCCCGCGUCCUACUCCUCCUCCGUCACAUCCCCGACACCCGCGCCCGACGACGACGACGGCGGCAACGGCACGCCCCGGUGGCGCUCGGCGGCCGAGUCCAGGGUCUUCUGGGAGGGCGUGCGGGCGGCGCUGUUCGUGUCCGACGACGAGAUGGGCGAGUACUCGCAGCAGCAGGACGAGGCGCGCUGGCUGCGGGCGCGCGAGGCGCAGGACCGGCUCUUUUGGCACCAGCAGCAACAACAGCAACAACAGCAACAGAUGGCCGCCACUCCCUUGGGCAAUGGAGGCUUCGCAAAAGACUGCGCCCUGUGCCGCGCCGCCGCCGCAGCAGCUGCUUCGGAUGGGAUGGGGCUCGCGGCGUUCCCCACGCCGCUGCAGCCCGUCACGCCCUGGGACCCCGCGGCCGUGGCGAACAGGUCCGCAAUGGUCACGCCGCUGUGGAGAGGCUUCCGCCGGCACCGGUCGUUGGCCUCGGCCAGGUCGUCGACGAGGUGA